AUGAUUGGGCUCCUUGAGGCCGAUUUGACAAUAGUGGAUUUCGGGCUUGGGCAGCGGGAGUUGGAUGAGUUGCAGGGCGUAACGCACAUCAUACAUAACGCCUGGCCCGUGAACUUUAACCUCCGCCUCUCUUCAUUCGAGCCGCACCUAAAGGGACUGUGUUACCUCAUCCGACUGGCCCUUUUAAACACAGGAACGAUAAGGAUAAUUUUCACUUCUUUGAUCGCAGUGCAAGUCGCUAUCCUCCUUCUUCCUCCACUUUCGCUUUCUCCCCCUCUUCAUCGUCGCAGAUCCCCCCCCAUCGUCCAAGUACCAGAAAUCCCACUAGACGCAACGCAUCCCGCGCCAUUCGGCUACGCACAAGCGAAAUGGGUCUGUGGACGACUUCUUGAGAGCGUGAAUCAGCUCUAUGGGUCGGCAGUACGCGCUUCCGUCGUACGUCUCGGACAAAUUACAGGCACGAUAGAUAAAGAAGCGUGGAAUGAAUGGGAGCAUGUUCCGUUGAUGGUGAGGACUGGACUUUGCAGGGUUUGGGGGUCGUGCCUGAUUUGCGGUGGACAGCCUCAUGGCUCCCCGUCGACCGCGCAAGUGAAAUCCUCAUCGACCUCUUAUUAUCGCCAUUCUUCAAACUAA